AUGCUUGCCCAAUACAAGGCCCUAGGCUGCACGUCCGCCGACCCGGCCUGCCUCUGCCGCAACGUCAACUUCGGUAACGGCCUCCGCGAUUGCUCCAACAGCACGUGUGGCUCGGCCAUCGGCUCGACGGUCAUUGCCUUUGGCUCCUCGAUGUGCUCCAUAGCCACCGCCGCCAAGACGACAUUUCCCGCCACGUCUACCACCACUAGCAUCGCCAGCCUUCCGCCCUGCGGACAGACCUGCAUGAACAACCUGAUUGCGCAGUACUCGGCUCUGGGCUGUUCUAAGCCCGAUCCGGCUUGUCUGUGCCGUAAUGUCAACUUCGGCAAUGGAAUUCGGGAUUGUUCCAAUGGUGCGUGCGGGACGGCCGUGGCUUCCACCGUCAUUUCGUUUGGCUCGUCGUACGGUACGUGGGCAACCACGGCACCCAAAUUAUAA